AUGAUGGAUGACUCCAUCGUCACCCGCGUGAGCUGGACCACGGUCAAGGAGCAACAUGCAGACUUGUUGUUCUAUGCAGCAGAGUCCGUGCAGCCACCGCCUCUGAUGGAAAGCUUGAAGCCGCUCGCGCCGCAGCCUGCGGUGGGCUCGCAAGCCCCAUGCGAGGCCGGUGCAAGGCCUUACGGGAUGGUGAAUGGCGUGAAUGGUGUGAAUGGGAAGUCCAGGUCGCCUGAGCGAGUCGAUGCUCUAGAGAGGCACCGCAGCCGCCAGGAGGUGGAAGACCGAAGGUUGGGCCGAAGUGAGGUGAACGGGAGAUCCAGGUCGCCAGAGCACUCAGUGCAGGAGACUCUCAGGCCCAGCGCGAGCUCAGAGUCUGAUCCUGUGAGGUUGGGCCGAAGUGAGGUGAACGGGAGAUCCAGGUCGCCCGAGCACUCAGUGCAGGAGAGUCUCAGGCCCAGCGCGAGCUCCGAGUCCGAUCCUGUGAGGCUGGAGGAGUGCCAGCGAUCAGACCAGGUCAUUGUGCCAUCUGGUGGUGGCAUCUUCGAUUUUGACGCCCUUGAUGAGAAAGAGGAGUCACUCGCCAGAGGAGCGAGUUGA